CGGCGCCUCCGGUCAGCUGAGCGCGUGCUUCCGGCGGGGCCUGCGGAGCAGCGCGGGGGCCGCGGGGAUGCGGAUCGAGAAGUGCUACUUCUGCUCGGGGCCCAUCUACCCGGGACACGGCGUCAUGUUCGUGCGCAACGACUGCAAGAUAUUUAGAUUUUGCAAAUCAAAAUGCCACAGAAACUUCAAAAAGAAGCGGAAUCCCAGGAAGAUGAGGUGGACCAAAGCGUUCCGGAAAGCGGCGGGCAAAGAACUGACAGUGGAUAAUUCUUUUGAGUUUGAAAAACGUAGAAAUGAACCAGUGAAAUACCAGAGGGAGUUGUGGAACAAGACUGUUGAUGCAAUGAAGCGAGUGGAGGAAAUAAAGCAAAAACGACAAGCAAGAUUUAUUAUGAACAGAUUAAAGAAGAGCAAAGAGUUGCAGAAGGCAGAAGACAUCAAAGAAGUCAAACAGAAUAUCCACCUUCUUCGUGCACCGCAUGCAGGCCCACCGAAAAAGCUGGAGGACAAAAUGGUGCAGAAGCUACAAGAGGACGUGGCUAUGGAAGAAGACUCUUAAAAUGCUUUUAUUUUCUAUUUAUAUCUCUUCAGCAGUUAACAGUUCGUUUUUGCCUGACCUGACAUAAUUCAGAACUGUCUUUAUGAUUGAAGAAAAAUACAUUUUAAUAAAUAACAGUCAUUUUGCAGUUUGAAUGACUUUUGGUUUUGUAAAAAAUAAGGUGGAUAUGAAUUGGGCAGUGCCUAAAGUUUUGCAAUUUGAGAAAACUGGUCAGUGGUAUGGAGACUAAGGUAUGUUGUUUGAGAUACUGUGUGCUCCUUGGCAAGUUAAGCUUUUUGGAUAACUUUUCCCUGACAGUUCAAGGAAUAAAAUAUUAUCCCUGA